UUAUUUUAUAAACCAAAUUUUAUUUUGUAUUAAAUGUUGUGGAUUCUAUCUGUUUAUGGCACACAUUUUAAUAAAUAUUUAAUUUAUGGUAUGGAAAGUGAUGAUAAAGUUUCUGGCGGUUUUAAUUGUAGUAGAAAACUUGUGAUUAUUGUCGGACCGACCGCCAGUGGCAAAACCAAGUUUAGCGUCGAUUUUUGUAAAAAAUUAAAGGAUUUUAACAUAAAUUCUGAGAUAAUUAACUCAGACUCAAUGCAAGUUUAUAAAGGGUUUAAUAUUGGAACUGCUAAACCUUCUGAAGAUGAAUUAAGCUUGAUACCUCAUCACCUGUUAAAUUUCGUUGAUCCUACUGAAGAUUAUAACGUUUCUAUGUUCGUUAAGGACUGUUCUCACUUGAUAAAUGUUCUCUUUUCUGAGAAUAAGUUACCUGUAAUUGUUGGAGGCACUAAUUUAUACAUUGAAGCACUCUUAUGGCCAUCUGUCAUGGACUCUAACCACAACAAUUCUGAGAGUUUGGAAGAGUAUUUUGAUGAACUUGACACUCGGACACUUUAUAAUUUAUUGACUGAAAUUGACCCUGAAAGAGCCAAACAAUUACAUCAAAACGACCGUAAAAGGAUAUUACGAAGUUUAGAUAUUUAUCACUCACAAGGUAUUACUCACACUAACCUCAUUAAACUCCGUAAAGACCAAAAACAUAAAGAGGGAAUUAGAUAUGAUCCGCUGGUGUUAAUUUUAAAAUCUGAUCCUGAGAUUCACAGACUAAGGAUUAAAGAAAGAGUUCAAUCUAUGCUCAAGUCUGGUAUCCUAAGAGAGUGUAAAGAACUACUUCAUCUAAAAGAGUCUAACCAGGACUUAAAUACUAAGAAAGGAAUUUUUCAAAGCAUCGCAUAUAAGGAACUGAUACCUUUAAUAAAUUAUUCUGGAUUCAAUGAUCCUUCUGAAGAACUGCUGGACAAGUGUGCUACUGUCCUGGAGUCUAAAACUUGGCAAUAUUCACAAAGACAAAGGACCUGGAUCAACAACAGACUACUCAAAAGUGGUCUUAAAACUCAUAUAAUCAAUACCAGCGACGUGGAAUUAUGGAAUAAACUUGUAAUGGAAGGUGUAGAAAUUACGAUUAAACAUCUUAAGUGUUAAAUUAAUCGGUUGUAAAGGCUACUCUGUAACUAUCUUUGCCGCUGAAUUUG